CGGAAACUACUCCUUCCACCCUCCCCACCCGACAGCACGCCCAUCCUGCUUCGCCCCGCCGAAAACUACAGGCAAACACCAAGACCAGAGCGCGCAGAAGAGACCGCCCCUCCGGUGAAUGAGCACGGCGAGUAUCACAGCACAAUGGCAGGCACGCCUCUGCCCCGUAUAGAUGUCGAGGUCUCGGCCGACGACAGCAACGACAUCAAUCCGACGCCCACAACACUUCUUCCUGGCAGCAGAGAUCGCGCCCCGAGCUCCCCAACCAUGCUGCAAACUCCUACCUGGAACGGCCGUGAGCGAUCAGCGAGUGGCCUCAGCGGAAGCACCCAAUACUCUACCUUGAAAGUGCCAGAUACUUCAUAUGGCGAGAAGGGCAGCAGUACAUCAAGCAUAUUCAGCCACGAAGAGCGAGAAGACGCGCUCAAGCCCGAUCCGGGGACCGAGAAGGACUUCCAGGUCAAAGACAACAAAUUCGCCUUUUCCCCUGGUCAGCUCAACAAGCUACUCAAUCCCAAGUCUUUGGGCGCAUAUGUGGCCCUCGGCGGCAUCAGAGGCAUAGAGCGUGGUCUACGCACGAAUCUGCAGACUGGACUGAGCGCUGAUGAGAACAAGCUCGAUGGUCGCGUGACCUUCGACGAAGCAACACAAUAUGCUGAGAAGUCGAAGAGCCUGGGUUGGGACGAGGUAACGGUCAACCCAACAGCGCGACAGGCAGCAUCAGCGCCCGUCACUGGUUCCUACGACGAUCGACACGCAGUAUUCAGCAAUAAUGCCCUUCCCGAGAAGAAGGCAACGUCUCUACUCAAACUCAUGUGGAUCGCAUACAACGACAAGGUUCUCAUCUUGCUUACAGUGGCUGCUGCAAUCUCCUUGGCACUUGGCUUGUACGAGACGUUCGGAGCAUACCACCCACCGGGAUCUCCUGAACCAGUUGACUGGAUCGAGGGAUGUGCUAUUUGCAUUGCCAUCAUUAUCGUUGUCCUCGUUGGCUCACUGAACGACUACCAAAAGGAGAGGGCUUUCGUCAAGCUCAACGCGAAGAAGGACGCUCGUGAAGUAAAGGUCAUCCGAUCUGGCAAGUCACUACAGAUCCCGGUACAGGACAUCACAGCAGGCGACGUGAUCCAUCUCGAGCCUGGUGAUAUGGUCCCAGUUGAUGGCAUUUACAUCGGCGGUCACAACGUCAAGUGUGAUGAAUCCUCUGCCACUGGCGAAUCUGAUGCUCUGAAGAAAGUUGGAGGCGAACAGGUCAUGCGAAUGCUCGAAGAAGGUCAUACCGACCUCAAGGACAUGGACUGCUUUAUCAUCUCCGGUAGCAAGGUUCUCGAGGGCAUUGGCACAUAUGUGGCCACCUCCGUCGGAGUCAACUCUUCUUACGGCAAGAUUCUGAUGGCUAUGCGCGUCGACAUGCAACCUACUCCGCUCCAAGUCAAGCUCGACGGUCUCGCUACUGCCAUCGCCAAGCUUGGAACUGCUGCAGCAGUGUUCCUGUUCUUUGUGCUAUUGUUUCGAUUCCUCGGAGGUCUUUCGAACAACCCACGCACAAGCUCCGAGAAAGCUUCUCAAUUUCUGGACAUUCUCAUUGUCGCCGUAACAGUUAUUGUUGUAGCAGUUCCUGAGGGUCUGCCGCUAGCUGUCACGUUGGCACUUGCAUUUGCUACAACUCGUUUGGUCAAGCUGAACAAUCUCGUCCGUAUCCUGAAGUCUUGCGAGACUAUGGGUAACGCGACCACUAUCUGCUCCGAUAAAACUGGUACUUUGACUACCAAUGUCAUGACUGUCGUCACUGGAACUUUCGGCGAGCGCUCCUUCGAUGAUAAGAACAAGACGGGCAGCGAGACGACUUCCGCAGCAUUCGUGGAGCAAUUGAGCGCUGAUGAACGCCGCCGCAUCGUCGACUCCAUCGCUAUCAACUCUACUGCAUUCGAGUCCGACGAUGGCUCAUUCGUUGGUUCCAAGACAGAGACAGCUCUGCUUGCACUUGGUCGCACUCUUGGUAUGGGUCCAGUUGCCGAGGAGCGCUCAAAUGCGGAAAUCGUACAGCUCAUGCCUUUCGACUCUGCUCGCAAGUGUAUGGGCGCUGUCCAGAAGCUUUCCUCUGGGACGUAUCGCCUUCUCAUCAAGGGUGCUUCUGAGAUUCUCCUCGGCCACUGCUCGACCAUUGCCACUAGUACCGGUGCCAUUCCACUCGACGGUGCCGAGCGCGAACGCCUCGAAUCCAUUAUCGAUUCUUACGCUCAGCAGUCUCUCCGCACAAUCGCAUUGAUCUCGCGCGAAUUUACACAGUGGCCUCCAGCUGGAUGCAAUGUUGAGAACGACCCGCAGAGCGCAGACAUGGAUCUUGUAUUGAAGGAGAUGACUUUUGAUGGUUUGGUCGGUAUCCAGGAUCCUGUUCGCCCGGGUGUGCCAGAGGCUGUUGCCAAGUGCGCAUACGCUGGUGUCAGCACUCGUAUGGUGACUGGUGACAAUGUGGUGACUGCCAAAGCUAUCGCAACCGAAUGUGGCAUCUACACUGGUGGUCUCGUCAUGGAAGGUCCCGUCUUCCGCACUCUCUCCGAGGCACAGAUGGAUGAAUGUCUGCCCAAGCUCCAGGUUCUGGCUCGAUCCUCUCCCGAAGACAAGCGUGUCCUCGUCGUCAAUCUCCGUCGUCUUGGCGAAAUUGUCGCUGUUACUGGCGAUGGUACCAACGAUGGCCCUGCGCUCAAGGCUGCCGAUAUUGGCUUCUCGAUGGGUAUCUCGGGAACAGAAGUGGCAAAGGAGGCAUCUGCUAUCAUUCUUAUGGAUGACAACUUCACCUCGAUUCUGACUGCUCUGAUGUGGGGACGUGCCGUCAACGAUGCGGUUCGCAAGUUCCUGCAGUUCCAAAUUACGGUCAACAUUACGGCCGUCAUCAUUACCUUCGUCUCUGGCGUUGCCAGCUCCGAAAUGAUACCUGUCCUUACCGCAGUUCAAUUGCUCUGGAUCAACCUGAUUAUGGAUUCAAUGGCAGCGCUUGCUCUUGCAUCUGACCCACCUACCGAAGAGAUCCUCGACCGGAAGCCGUCCAAGCGUACAGCACCAUUGAUCAGCGUCAUCAUGUGGAAGAUGAUCAUUGGACAAGCCAUCUAUCAGCUCGUCGUCACAUUCAUUCUCUACUACGCCGGACCCAUGAUCCUCAACGUUGAACGUGAUGGCAGCGAGAUCCGCUCGGUUGUUUUCAACACUUUCGUCUGGUUCCAGAUCUUCAACAUGCUCAACAACAGACGACUUGACAACAAGUUCAACAUUUUUGUCGGAUUCUUCCGCAAUUACUUCCUGAUUGCGAUCUUGGCCAUUAUGAUUGGUUGCCAGGUCAUGAUCAUGUACGUCGGAGGCCGAGCCUUCUCCAUUCAACGCAUCGAUGGGAGAGACUGGGGCAUCUCGAUCGUUCUCGGCGGUCUGUCCCUACCAUGGGCUGUACUUGUCCGCCUGUUCCCAGACAACUGGUUCACAGCCAUCGCCAAGUUCUGCGGCUGGCCAGUGGUUCAAGUAUACAGGCCUCUUAGCCGCUGGACACACGCGCUUUCCAAGAAAAUCAGAGGACUGCGCCGCAGCAAAAAGGAAAGCCAGGACGUAGCCAGCGAGGCUGAGUCACAGGAGGCUGUGGUGGAGGCCGAGAAUAAGACGAAGUUGCCGAAUGGCUCUUCUGUCUAAGAUGAUGAAUGACCACAGUUUGAUGAUUUAGCGAUAUCAGCAUAGACAUAGAGAUAGAUUGACACGACAUGAUACCACGAAGGAAAAAAAUGAAAAGAAGGAAAAGAAGGAAAAUGCUAUGGACUACCUAGUGAAGCAAAAAUAGCAAGAAAAUAUACCCCAAAUAAAU